AUGUCAUCUCGGUCCGCAUUACCAUCUGCGAAUGAACGGGGCACGGAUCAUCAUGCCUCUCUGGCGGUGAGUCGCUCAGAGAAAGGGACGAGUGUGUCAAGCCGCUCUCUGGGAGCGCGAUGCCGGAAUUCCGUGGCAUCCUUCUCGGACGAACAGCCUCACAUCGGCAACUACCGGCUCCUCAAAACCAUUGGCAAGGGCAACUUUGCCAAGGUGAAGCUUGCCCGUCACAUCCUGACCGGCAGAGAGGUUGCAAUAAAAAUUAUCGACAAAACUCAGUUGAACCCAACCAGCCUACAGAAGCUCUUUCGAGAGGUGCGGAUCAUGAAAGGACUACGUCAUCCAAACAUAGUGCAGCUGUUUGAGGUGAUUGAAACCGAAAAGACCCUUUAUCUAGUUAUGGAGUAUGCUAGUGGAGGUGAAGUGUUUGACUACCUCGUAUCUCAUGGUAGGAUGAAGGAAACAGAAGCCAGAGCCAAAUUUCGGCAGAUCGUCUCUGCUGUUCAUUACUGCCACCAGAAGAACAUUGUCCACAGAGAUCUGAAGGCUGAAAACCUGCUCCUGGACGCAGAUGCUAACAUAAAGAUAGCCGACUUUGGUUUCAGUAAUGAGUUUACUCUGGGAAAUAAGCUGGACACGUUCUGCGGCAGCCCCCCCUACGCUGCCCCCGAACUCUUCCAGGGGAAGAAGUACGACGGCCCGGAGGUGGACAUCUGGAGCCUGGGUGUCAUCCUUUACACGUUGGUCAGUGGAUCGCUGCCCUUCGAUGGACAAAACCUUAAGGAGCUACGUGAGCGUGUUUUAAGGGGGAAGUAUCGUGUUCCUUUCUACAUGUCUACUGACUGUGAGGGAAUACUGCGCAGAUUCCUGGUGCUCAACCCAAGCAAACGCUGCACUCUAGAGCAAGUGAUGAAGGAUAAGUGGAUGAAUACAGGGUAUGAGGGCGAUGAGCUGAAGCCCCACGUUGAGCCGGCAGAGGAUUACAGUGACCCCCACCGCAUAGAGGUGAUGGUGGGCAUGGGGUUCACCCCAGAGGAGAUUAAAGAUUCUCUGUUGAAUCAAAAGUAUAAUGAGGUGACUGCUACCUACCUGCUUCUGGGCCUCAAGUCUGAGGACGGCGCGGAGUCGCGGUCGAGUGGCAGUAUGACGUUGCCGCGAGUGCGGCCAAGCCCUAUCACCAAUGGAACCAACAAACACUCUUCUGCUACUGGCUCUUCCUCCUCCUCCUCUUCCUCACACAGCAAGACGCAGCGCAGCGCCUCCACAUACCACCGCCAGCGACGACACAGCGACUUCUGCGGUCCAUCCAUGCCCGUGAUGCACCCUAAACGUAGCCCGACCAGUGGGGGCGACAGGGAGCUGAGGGAGAGCCGCAUGCCCCCCCGUAAGGCCAGCUGCAGCGUGAUGGGCAGCCGCAGUCUGCCCCCCUCCAGCCCCAUGGUCAGCACCGCCAACAACCCCAACAAGGCCGAGAUCCCCGAACGCCGCAAAGAGAUGACCGCCACCACCAACAACAUCCCAGGCAGUGCUAUGACUCGUAGGAACACCUAUGUGUGUACAGAUCGCUCCAGCACUGACAGGCACUCACUGCUGCAGAACGGAAAAGAGAACAGUUCUCUCUCUCACCGACUGCCCCCCACCUCUCCCUCCACUCUGAGUAUUGCGGGGGCGGGGGCUUCCUCCUCCUCCUCCUCCAGCGAGCGAUGUCGUCUGACCCGUGGAUCCACCAUCCGUAGCACCUUCCACGGGGGCCAGCUGAGAGACCGUGGUCCACCCUCCUAUGGCCCCCCGCCUACAUCUCCCACCAUGCCCCAUGACGCAGGAGCCCUGCCCCCUCACGCUCGCACCCGCGCCACCUCUAACCUCUUUAGCAAACUCACCUCCAAACUCACCCGCAGGGUCAAUCUUGACCCGUCUAAACGCCAGGGCUCUAACAAAUCAGUAUUGGGUUGCACUCUUCCACAGGGAUCCAAAACAGUUAGGUCACAAAUGAACCUGAGGGAAUCUGCAGAUCUUCGGUCACAAGUAUCUCUCUCUAUCUCUCUCUCUCCCUCUCUCUCCCUCAGUGGCCAUUUAUCUAGGGAUCAGAAAGCGCCAGAGCCCUGGGCCAUCGGAGGGUGGGGGGAUGUGAAGCCGCCGCCCCCCCGGGCCCCAGCGGAGGUGUUGUUUGCAGUGCGGGAGGCGGCCCGUGGGUGUGGCUGCCAGGUGCAUCACGCCGGCCCCUUCCUGCUCUGCUGCAGCCACAACGCGCAGGGUUCGAUGGUCACCUUCCAGGCGGAGGUCUGUCAGCUUUGGUCUGGCCCCACUGAGGCCAACGGGGUGCGCUACACUCGCCUGUGGGGGGCGCCUCUUGCCUUCCGACACAUUGCCACCCAAAUAUCCAAGGAGGUGGAGCUUUGA